GAGCUUGAUUCCUUUGCUGGAGUAAGUGUCACUAUAAUAGAAAUGCUGAGUAAAUAUUAAUCAAUAUGAAUAUAUAGGGCAAAUGAAUCUGUAUGCUAUUAAUAGCAUGUCAAAAAAACUCAAAAAAGUAACAAACAUAUUUACCUUGCAUACUCCUGCUCAUCAUGUAUGGAGCGAACAUCUACUGGUUCAGCACCAUCCUUCAAAAGCCUUCUUCCAGCAGAAUCAUAUUCAAAGUCCCUAUCAUGAAAAUGUUUGCUGCAUAUCAGUGCCACUUUCGGCAACGUUUUCUCCCAGUCAAUGCCAAGCAGUGAAAUCCAUAAAAUGCGCUUUGCUGGGUCAGAUGGGAGUCUAA